AUGGAGGAGGGUGGCGGCGGCAGCGACGGCGGUGUCAGCGCCGCGGGGACCAGCGCGGACCGAGGGGACGAGCUCUUAACUGUCAAACACGAGCUGCGGACCGCUAAUUUAACAGGACAUGCGGAGAAAGUGGGAAUUGAAAAUUUUGAACUUCUGAAGGUUCUAGGAACAGGAGCCUAUGGAAAAGUGUUCCUGGUUCGUAAAAUAAGUGGUCAUGAUGCCGGAAAGCUGUAUGCUAUGAAAGUUCUGAAGAAAGCCACCAUUGUUCAGAAAGCCAAGACAGCAGAGCACACAAAGACAGAACGGCAGGUGCUAGAACACAUCAGGCUCUCGCCAUUUCUGGUUACGCUACAUUAUGCUUUCCAGACAGAAACCAAGCUGCAUCUCAUUCUAGAUUACAUAAAUGGUGGAGAACUUUUUACUCACCUUUCUCAAAGAGAACGUUUCACGGAAAAUGAAGUGCAGAUAUACAUUGGGGAAAUUGUGCUUGCCCUUGAACACCUCCAUAAGUUGGGCAUUAUAUACCGUGACAUUAAACUAGAGAAUAUUCUACUUGAUAAUAAUGGCCAUGUGGUGCUGACAGAUUUUGGUCUAAGUAAGGAGUUCCUUGCUGAUGAAACUGAAAGAGCAUAUUCUUUUUGUGGAACUAUAGAAUACAUGGCGCCUGAUAUUGUCAGAGGAGGAGAUGCAGGACACGAUAAGGCAGUUGACUGGUGGAGUUUAGGUGUUCUUAUGUAUGAAUUAUUAACUGGAGCAUCUCCGUUUACUGUUGAUGGAGAGAAAAAUUCCCAAGCUGAAAUAUCUAGGAGAAUAUUAAAAAGUGAACCUCCAUAUCCCCAAGAAAUGAGUGCUUUAGCUAAAGAUAUAAUUCAGCAUCUCUUGAUGAAAGAUCCUAAGAAAAGAUUGGGUUGUGGCCCACGAGAUGCAGAUGAAAUCAAAGAGCAUCCCUUCUUUCAGAAAAUAAAUUGGGAUGAUUUAGCUGCCAAAAAAGUGCCAGCACCAUUUAAACCAGUAAUCCGAGAUGAGUUAGAUGUCAGUAAUUUUGCAGAAGAGUUUACAGAAAUGGAUCCCACAUAUUCUCCUGCAGCUCUGCCUCAGAGCUCAGAGAGGCUAUUUCAGGGAUAUUCUUUUGUUGCUCCUUCUAUCUUAUUUAAACGCAAUGCAGCUGUCAUAGAUCCUCUUCAGUUUCACAUGGGAAUUGAACGUCCAGGAGUAACAAAUGUUGCCAGGAGUGCAAUGAUGAAGGACUCUCCAUUUUAUCAGCACUAUGACCUAGAUCUUAAAGACAAACCAUUGGGAGAAGGAAGUUUUUCAAUUUGUCGAAAAUGCUUACAUAGGAAAAGCAAUCAAGAAUAUGCAGUCAAAAUAAUAAGCAAAAGAAUGGAAGCCAACACUCAGAAAGAAAUAACAGCUUUGAAACUCUGUGAAGGACACCCCAAUAUAGUGAAGUUGUAUGAAGUUUAUCAUGAUCAGCUUCACACAUUUCUGGUGAUGGAACUUCUGAACGGGGGAGAACUCUUUGAACGAAUUAAGAGAAAGAAACACUUCAGUGAGACCGAAGCCAGUUAUAUCAUGCGGAAGCUUGUUUCAGCUGUGAGCCACAUGCAUGAUGUGGGAGUGGUACAUAGAGAUCUGAAGCCUGAGAAUUUAUUGUUCACUGAUGAAAAUGAUAAUUUGGAAAUUAAGGUGAUUGAUUUUGGAUUUGCACGUUUAAAGCCGCCUGAUAAUCAGCCUCUUAAGACGCCAUGCUUUACCCUUCAUUAUGCUGCUCCAGAGCUCUUAAAUCAUAAUGGCUAUGACGAAUCUUGUGAUCUGUGGAGCUUGGGAGUCAUUUUGUAUACAAUGCUGUCAGGACAGGUUCCAUUCCAGUCUCACGACAAAAGUUUAACAUGUACCAGUGCAGUAGAAAUCAUGAAAAAAAUUAAAAAAGGUGAUUUCUCUUUUGAAGGAGAAGCCUGGAAGAAUGUAUCCCAGGAAGCCAAAGAUUUGAUUCAAGGACUUCUUACAGUGGAUCCCAAUAAGAGACUUAAAAUGUCUGGCUUGAGGUACAAUGAAUGGCUUCAAGAUGGCAGUCAGCUGUCUUCAAAUCCUUUGAUGACUCCAGAUAUACUAGGAUCUUCGGGAGCUGCUGUGCAUACCUGUGUAAAAGCAACAUUUCACGCCUUUAACAAGUACAAGAGGGAAGGAUUCUGCCUUCAGAAUGUUGAUAAGGCUCCCCUUGCAAAGAGAAGGAAAAUGAAGAAAACUAGCACGAGUACAGAGACCCGCAGCAGUUCAAGUGAAAGUUCUCAUUCUUCUUCCUCUCAUUCUCAUGGUAAAACUACACCAACAAAGACACUGCAGCCAAGUAAUCCUGAUAGCAAUAAUCCAGAAACCAUCUUCCAGUUCUCUGACUGAAGAAUGUUAACAGUGGUGGGAAUGGAAUUGGUGAUACCCUGCACCUUUACUCCUCUUGAUUUAGAGCUGAGAGAUGCUUAUUGAUUUUUUAAAAAUACCUGCCAUGUCCUCCUGCUCUCAUUUGAA